AUCCAACAUGGCGGCUGGCGGAAGUAAGUUGGAGUAGUUGAUGAUCAACAGGGCGAAAAUCAUUUUUUCCCGGCCAUCCCCAGAUUUCCCGGGGACAGACUCAGCUCCCGGAGGCCCGUCUGUGAGCGCUGGAUCAGCGGCGGGCCGAAACUAGCCGCUCCGACUGCAGAGGAGCUCCGAAUCGGCCGCUGGCUUUUGGGGUGACCGACGGGGCCAGAUAUCGUCCACUUCCUGGUUUGGGUGGAAGUUUUGCGGGGACGGCAGUUCCCAGUGGAACGUCGGAAACUUGCGCCUCCUCUGCUCAUCUCCAGGUUGUGAGAAAACUGUGGUGCUGACAUUUCUACACUGGUCUGGCAGCCAUGUCAGGGGGUAGUUGGGUGCCCGGCACCGAGUGUCUGGCUAAAUACAACUUCCUGGGAAACAGUCAGGACGAUCUACCGUUCAACAAGGGAGAGAUUCUUACCAUUGUUAAAAGUACUAGGGACCCGAACUGGUACCGUGCGAGAACGCAGGACGGUCGGGAGGGGAUGAUUCCCGCAAACUACGUACAGAAACGGGAGGUCGUCAAACUCAACGCCAUGCCCUGGUUCCAUGGUAAGAUCACCAGAGAGCAGGCCGAGUCUUUACUGAACCCCCCACAUGAUGGAAUGUUCCUGGUGAGAGAAAGUACAAACUACCCCGGCGACUACACACUGUGUGUCAGCUUCAGCAGUAAGGUGGAGCACUACAGGGUGAUCUUCAAGAACAACAGGCUCACCAUCGACGAGGAAAUAGACUUUGAGAACCUGACAAAACUGGUCGAGCAUUAUGAGAAGGAUGCUGACGGCCUGUGCACCACACUAAAGAAGCCCGUGCCUAAGAAGGGAGGACAGGGCUUCUCAGUCGACUCACAGGCUUUUAAGGACGCUGGGUGGGCCAUCAACAGGCAUGAAGUGGAGCUAGGCAAGUCUCUGGGGAAGGGAGAGUUCGGAGAUGUAAUCCAGGGUGUGUACCGGGGCAGACUUGUUGCCAUCAAGUCGCUGAAGGACACCAGUAAAGCUGCACAGCAGUUCCUGGCCGAGGCCUCCGUCAUGACGGCGGUUUCCCAUCCCAACCUGGUGCAGCUGAUCGGCGUGUGUUUCGGGGACCCAAUUUUCAUCAUCACAGAGUUCAUGGCAAAGGGAUCACUAGUGGACUAUCUUCGCUCCAGAGGCAGAUCCGUCAUCACAGCAUCAGACAACCUGCAGUUCUCAUGUAACAUCUGUAACGGCAUGGCAUACCUAGAGUCCAAGAACCUGGUUCACCGCGACCUUGCCGCCAGAAACGUCCUUCUGUCGGAGGAAGGGACCGCGAAGGUGUCGGAUUUCGGGCUGGCCAGGGAGAUGAACUUCGAUAAGUUAGAGGGAGGCAAAGUUCCAGUCAAGUGGACGGCGCCGGAGGCACUUAGACAUGGGCAUUUCUCUACAAAAUCAGACGUGUGGAGUUUUGGCAUCUUGCUAUGGGAGCUCUACUCCUACGGCAGACCUCCAUACCCCAGAGUGCCCAUAGCAGAUGUAGUAGCACAUGUGGAGAAAGGUUACAGAAUGGAGCCUCCCGAAGGCUGCCCGGAGGACAUCUACAGUGUGAUGAAGCAGUGUUGGGACAUCAACCCAGACUCCAGGCCCUCCUUCAAGAGGCUUCUACAACAGUUGGAAACCUCUCGGAGUGUCCUGGUCUGACUUCUGGCCUCUGACCUCUCAACUCUAACCUACACUCAACUUUUUUUACCUUCCAAAUACAAUGUUGUAAGUUGUACCUUCUUUUAACAAUCAUGACAUAAUAAUAUGGUGUCAGUUUCAUCCCAUAUCAAUUGAGUCCUCAUCUUGACAACUUUCAAAGUUUAUUAUCUACAUAUUAUUAUGAUGUACAUGUAUUCUGAACAAUGGCCAGGGCAAGGGAAUAGCACUGUGUAUACGUGUAGAUGUAGACAUUGUCUGUAGUAUUCUGUUUCUAACAAAAAUGCAUGUUAUGCUUUGUUAUCAUUUUUAUAUAUUAUGUGUCUUUUUGAAAACAGUGACUUGUAAGUCCAUUAUGAUUAGUCAUUUCUACUGGUGUUAGAAAAGAGGCGUUCAGAAGUAAUUAUUUAACCCUUUUGUAAGUAGUGAACAUUUAUGCAAAAUUGCCAUACUAAAAGGUGAAGCCGCAUAGAGGCAUCUACGUGUAGUGUUUUACAUAUGGGGAAAUAGCCAGAUCACCGAACUAGCUUCCAUAACUUUGUAUAUUUGUACUUUCCUGCUUUUAUGAAUUUCAAAAUUACCCUCUAUGAGAAGGGAAAACCAGUAUGUAAUGCCAGUACUUCCCUAAUUACAUACAUGUACCGUGGGUGUUUACCAGCAAGCUUGGGGUGUUAACAAGGAGAUAUGGAAUACAAGGGUUUUUUUUUUGCACAGUUAAUAUUGUCCCUUACAUUUUGUACCUUACUUACGCUCCGGCAUCUGUCAGACACCUUCCUCAGAGCUUCUGACUAGAGUUCAAAACUGCCAACUCUAGUCAGAAACUCUGAGGAAGGCGUCUGAAAGACACUGAAACAUAAGCAAGGUACAAAAUAUAAGAAACAAUAUUGGUUGAAUGGCAGAAGAAAACCCCUGUAUCCAAUGCUUGAUGAAACCAACCUGAUGAAACUAUUUUUGGAAGGGAGACUGUAUGAUCUGUCUAGUAUUGACAGAAAGACUUGGAAUCUUGGUCACCGACAUUUGGAACGUCCUGCCAAAACAGCAGUCAGUGAACAUGAGAGCAACAGCUUGUACAAUGUUUCAGUGGAACUGAAAAGACUAUGUGUUACAUUCUACAUGCACGAGAAGGCAGCAUAUUUUAGACUUGAAACUGGAAGAAAUCGAAGUUCUAAAUAACAAACAGCGCAGCUUAGAGACAUUUUAUGUUGCCAUUCAGUUUUUCUGUGAAACAGAAUCGUUGGUCCGACACACUUUUUUUUACAAAAUUUUUGUAAAUUGUCAGGAAGGAAUUUAUACAGCAGUGUGAUAAUAUUUAUCCAAAGUGCAGUGUUAAAAAAAUGCAUUUCUGUUGGUCUAGUGCAACAUGCAGUCUUGUAGGAGUGGUGGACAAUUUUGCAAUACACACAUACGGCCACAGCAAGUAAAUUUUACGGAUGACAUCCUCCAUAGACUCCAAAUCUAAUGUGAUAGGGAGAAAAAAAACAAGGCGGACAAAAAACAGGAUUCCUUCAUUUUCGAAUUUCGAUACCAUCAACCUCGUUAAUGUGCUAAGUUUACAAAAAUCAGGGUGAAAAUUAAUGUGCAUGCUGAUGUGAUCCAUAAAAAUUACUUGCUGUGGCCUAAUAUUUAAAUAUAUCCCUUUGAAAGUUAAAUUUGGCAAAAAUCAUGUAGUUUGAAAAUGCCAGCCACCAGACCUACAUGUGAUUAUGUGCAAAAAAAGUAUCAGACCUUCGGUGAUGUAAAGAGGAAGCUACUUCAAAGAGAUUUUAGAAUUCAAUUUCCCUGCAGGCUGGCUCAAAAAGAUUCAUUUUAGCAGCAUUUUUGAAGGAGGCUUUAUAACAUGUGCUGCUUUUAAACCUUCUUCUGAAACUGAAGAGAAAGACCUACAUGAUACUUGCUGGGAAAAUGUUAUAGAAUCAUGAAAAUUCACAAAUCAUAGGACACACUGUUUAAUAUAUACUGCCCAUUUUGUUGGAUUGAGAUAUUUUCAGAAUGGUGUUGCUUGAACCAAGCUUUAUAUGAUAUGGUCCUACUUGGUGUACCUCACUGCAACUAACUUCAUGCCUUACAUGUAUGUAUAUCCAGACACUGCAACAAUGUCUGAUACAUUCCAGUGUUAAUGCUGAAAGACAUGUAGAGUGUUGUAUCCAGAACUGUGCUUUAUCCAGAACCAUGCUUUAUCCAGAACCAUGCUUUAUCCAGAACCAUGCUUUAUCCAGAACCAUGCUUUAUCCAGAACCAU